CUGUUAUUGUCUUCUAGAUUUGAUAUUCUAGAAUCGUAAUCGCACCACUGUUGUUGACGAACAUUCGCACAAAAGUGUCCCAAUCCUCGUUUAUCAGUACAGAUAACGAACAAUAACAACUAAAAAGGGGAAGAUAAAUCAUUUUCAACUUAAAAAACGAAGUGAACAAGUGCACGGACUGUUAGGAAAAUGAAGUUAAGGCAUAACCUAAUUUGCGUUCUAAUUUUUGGACUUUGUGGCCAGAUAGGGUCCAAUUUAGCUCCUGUGGUGUUUAUACCAGGAGAUGGUGGAGCGCAAUUGGAAGCCAAAAUAAACAAAACUCGUAAGAUCCAUUACAUAUGUGAAUCGGUAUCAAACGAUUUCUUUAACAUAUGGCUAAACCUAGAACUUCUGGUGCCGUUAGUCGUAGACUGCUGGAUAGACAAUGUGAAGUUAAUAUAUGACAACAAAACUAGAACAACUAGAAACAACGACGGAGUAGAUAUAAGAGUUCCUGGCUGGGGUGGAAGUGAGACUGUCGAAUGGCUGGAUCCCAGUCAUGCCUCUACAGGAAAAUAUUUCGCAGAGAUAGGAAACACCUUGGUUGGAAUGGGGUAUGUCAGGAACGUUAGUAUUAAAGGAGCCCCUUAUGAUUUUAGGAAGGCACCAAAUGAGAACCAAGACUUUUUUGUGAAUCUCAAAACCUUAGUAGAAGAUACCUACAAAGAAAAUAACAAUACUCCAGUGGUACUGUUGGCUCAUUCAAUGGGUGGGCCCAUGACACUGACAUUUUUAAAUAAACAGACUCAAUCUUGGAAAGAUAAAUAUAUUAGAUGUUUGAUAUCUUUGUCUGCUGUUUGGGGAGGGUCUGUUAAAGCAAUUAAGGUAUUUGCGAUUGGUGAUGAUUUAGGAUCAUACGCCCUCAGAGAGAGUGUAAUGAGACAAGAACAGAUUACGUCACCGAGCUUAGCUUGGCUGUUACCGUCGAAACUGUUUUGGAAACCAGAUGAGGUCUUAGUGCAGACUGAUAAGAAAAACUACACGAUCAAUGAUUUAGAACAAUUUUUUCAAGGAAUCAAUUAUCCCAACGGUUGGGAAAUGAGGAAAGAUACAGAACCAUAUCAAGAAAAUUUUAAGCCACCUGGCGUUGAAGUUUAUUGUUUAUAUGGAACGGGUGUUCAAACUGUGGAAAGGUUAUACUACAAACCUGGAACUGAUUUAACAGGCUAUCCUACUCUGAUAUACGGCGAUGGAGAUAGCACUGUCAACCGACGCUCUCUAGAAGGAUGCAUGCACUGGAGAACGCUUCAGAAACAAAAAGUGUACGUGCAGGAAUUACCGAAGGUGGAUCAUUUGCAAAUUUUGCAGGACAAAAUGACGCAGCUGCACAUUCAGGAAAUCCUGAAAAAGAUAGCAAUGACGAAACGACGAAAAGGUUUUAAGGAUUAUUUAGGAAGAUGGAGGUGGCAUUGAUUUUUUUCUGUUUGUAUAUAAAAAUUUUUAAUUUGCAGUUCAAACAGUUUUUGUACAGUAACAGAAAAUGUAUAAGCGUCAAAUGAGACUAGUUUCAUUGUCAAUAAAUCCGUGUGGAUACUUUUAUCAAACUUUUUUAGGUUCUCACUCCAUUUAGGGUAUAAUACAAGGUAUCCCAAAAUGCACGAAAGAUUUGAAUUUGGCGCCAUUCAUGUAGUGAGCAUUACCAACAACAAAACAAAAAUAGUUUGACAGCUGAGAGUUUAGGAUUGUUAAAAAUGGGGCGUUACAUGAGAGAACAACGAAAACAUUGAAAGUUUGGCGGUUACAGUUCGAACAAGCUGAAAAUGCGAGCAUUAUCAUAACGUAAACUUUGUUUAUUUACGUAUUUAAAUUCAUAAUAUGAAAAAUUACUAUUACGAAAAGUUGUUUAGGAUUAAAAAUAUGUUUCAAUUUGCAAUUAUAUCAUUCUAAUUUAAAUGUUGUGAACUAUAAAGAUACUUUACUCAAAAUUCAUAUUUUUUAUAUACCUCUUAUAAAAUUUGAUAUGUGAUGGUUGCAUCAUAAAUCUUAGACCAUGAAGAGCUUUUUAUGAAGAAUAACUUUUCUUCGUCAAAUUAAAAAUGCAAGAGUUGUAAAUGAAAAUGAUGAUUUAAAAUAAACCUUAUUUACGUUUUCAGCACCAUCAAAACCUUAGGUUAGAUGAAAAUUAGCCAUUCACCACACCGUGGUCAGUAUCUUGAGAAAUAAACGUUAUUUUAAGAGUGCCACUCGUCUAUAAAAUCACAUAACUUUUUUCUUAUUGCAUACUUUGACUUGAAAUUUUCCAAAAAACUUCUUCAUGAAUUAUGUUUUAUUCCUGUGUUGGUGAAAAUUUUAAACUAAAAAGUUUGUGACUCAACUUUUUUAAGUAAACAUGAAACUAACGAAAUCUGACGACAAAAUGUUUAAAAAUUAACCACUCCUCUUUUAAUUUGUUUAAACAGUUUGAAUAAAGCACAUUGUUAUUUAAAUACUUCAAAGAUGACACAGUAACAUUUUCAAAAGGAAAUAUUUACAGCGACCAAAGAUACAGCGAGGUAAAAACGAAAAAUCAUUAAAAUUGAUUUUUCGCAUUUUUGCAUAAAAUUUUAUUUUUUAACAUGUACCACCAAGUCUAGAUAAAAAUAAACUUCAUAUUCAGAUUCAGCGGUAUCGAAAAUAUAAAGAAUCACCAAAAUUGGUCAUUCAUCUUAAAGUUGAUUUUCGUGGUCGGUAGGUACAGUUACGAUCACUGAAUAGUUUACACCUUAAUUUUUAUAUUGUAAUACUGUAAAAUUGUAGUGUCGUACGGAUUUCAUAAAUGUCAAAGUCAAAAAAUCAAUGCUUGUCAAAAAUUUCGCGAGUGUUAAAACAUAAAAUAACGAUAUCAAACUCCUCCAAAAUGGUUAUAAUUAAUUUGAAUGAUGCACAAAAGCAAGAGCAAUUGCUAAACUCGAAGAAGGUGGGAUUUUAAGACAAGUUGCUGCAGAUAUGGACGUGAGCCAUAUAUGUGCAUAUGAAAAAAAACAAAGAUUGAAUAAUUUUGGAUAGAUAUAAAAUAAAAUCGGUAUUUUUAAACCAGACUUCCUUGUUUUCAUUAUUAAGACCAUAAUCCAUUCCAUUCAAAAAAAACUUCUUUCUAUACUUUCCAUUUUGUUAAACUUUGUAAAAUAUAUUUUUAUAUUAUUUUUAUUUUUUAAUUUUAAAUAACCUUUUCUAGAUACACCACUGUUACUGUCACUUUGACGUAAAAGGUGAGUUUAAACGAGGUAAUAAUUUAAAAAAUCGGCUCCUAGAUACCUAAGCCUGUAAACUAUUCAAUGACCGUAACUGUACAUAUAACGUAAUUUUAGGAGUUGCUACCGCUAGCCUAAGAAUGCAACAGUCUAUUUAUCAUUAAAGGGGAGGCCGUACACUCGUAUUCUCGUAUAAACCUUUGUUGUUAUGUUAAUACAUUAUUGCUUUCAAAAUAUAUUCAAAUUGUAUUUUUAAACAUCUUAUUUAUUUUAUAUAAUAAUUAAAUUCACUAUAAAAUGUCAUUUAUAUUUUAUUAAUAGCUAAUUUAAAAUUUAGUUUGAUAUUCACGAAAUGUCAAACUUAAAUGUAAAUACCAAAUAUCCUAUGCUUUGCUUAACAAAUUCAGAUUAAAACUAGCCUACUUACUAAUAGCAACGAUUUCAGAUGACGUUUAGUGUGUCGGAAGAAAAUAAAAAGAUUGUGACGUCACAUUUUAGACUUUGUUGUCGGUUAUCUCAAAGAUGGUUAGAGAUAUCGAAAUGCCGUUUUCAGAUUUGAAUUCAGAAGCCAAAACUACAUAAGAGUCCAUCGGUAAAACGGCUCUAGGUAUUACAGGAGCGGCGACGCAAUAACACACAGGAUUUGCGAAUUUAUAAACGGAAUGUUUUCGUUGAAAAUUUGUACAAGAUAUUGUCGAAAUAUUGAUUUAAGCUCGGCAACUGUGAAGAGAGUAGUUAAAAAAUUCAGGAAGACUGGAUCUAUUGGUGGCGCUAAACACUCUGAUCGUCCAAAAAUAAGCCGCUCAAAUUUUAAUAUCGAAGCAGUGCGUGAUACUGUUGGUGAAAGCCCAGGUACAUCAAGGUACAAGUGAAUGAAGCACAGCGGAGAGAAUUCGUUGAAUGGAUUAUUGAACAUUAACACGUGGAUGCUGAUUUUUCGAGUAAAAUCAUCCUAAGCGACAGUGGCGGCUCGUGACCUCAGUAUACGGGUAGGCGACACAUAUAGUGUAUAAUGUAAUAUGUACAUACAGUAGGAAAAAUGAAAGAAUACCCAUGAACGAACAUAUAAAACACGCUGUAUUUUCCUGUCACUGUGUCACACAAAAAAUUUGCCAGAGCAAGUACAUGUAAUAAUUAUUAUUACAUGUACUUGCGCUGGCCAAUUUUCUCCAACGGUGGAGGCUAUUUGCCUAACGUGCUAUAUACAGGGUGUCCCGAAAAAAUUGGUCAUAAAUUAUACUACAGAUUCUAGGGUUGAAAAUAGGUUGAUUGAACUUCACUUACCUAUAUACAAUAGUGCACACAAAAAAAGUUAUAGCCCUUUGAAGUUACAAAAUGAAAAUAGAUUUUUUUUCAUAUAUCGAAAACUCUUAGACUUUUUAUUGAAAAUGGACAUGUGGUAUAUCUUAUGGCAGCAAGAUCUUAAAAAAAAUUAAGUGAAAUUUGUUCACCCCACAAAAAAUUUUAUGGGGAUUUUGUUCCUUUAAACCCCCCAAACUUUUGUGUACGUUCCAAUUAAAUUAUUAUUGUGGCACCAUUAUUUAAACACAAUGUUUUUAAAACUUUUUUGCCUCCUAGUACUUUUUUGAUAAGCCAGUGUUUAUCGAGAUAUUUUGAAUAUUUGUCGAAUCCACCACAUAUUUGUAUAUGGUUAAGUACGAUUAUAGAGACCUGUUAAUAAUCUGAAAAAUUAUUUAUAAUUUGCGUUUUUAGGUAUAUUUUGAAAAAGAAGCCACAUCUCGAUAAAAGGUGACUUGUCAAAAAAAGACUAUGAGGCAAAAAAAGUUUUAAAAACACUAUGUUAAACUAAGGCCGUCCGCACAUGGGUCGAUCGAAGACACGCCUCGAAGUUCGAGCGUCUUGCUCGUCUUGUACGAACCCUGCGGCACAUGCGAUUGCUCUCUGCACACUAGUCGAUUUAGUUUGCUCACAUCUUCCAACCAGGAAGAACGCAUUUUUUAUAUAUCUACCAAAACGACUAUUUCGAUCUGUGAAAAGUAUGGUAUUGUUACAUUCUUAGUAUAAUUUGAAUACAAUGAGCAUUAUACCGUUAUUAUACUAAGGACAUGUUUCUACUUCCCCAACGAAUUUUAUAUUAAACAACUAGAAACAGAAAUUCAAUGUUUUCAGAAUUUUAUAUUACAAAUAAUACAGGGUGAGUCAUGAGGAACUGUACAUACUCCUACCUCGUAUAGAGGUUCCUAUGGGGAAUAACAAAUGACCAUUAAAAAGUGUCUGCUCCCAUUGUUUAAUAAUAUACAGGGCGAGUUUCGCAUUUUGACAGAAAUUUGUAUUCGUCAUAAUUUUUGAACGGUCAGAUCGAUGUGUCUCUUAUUUUGGCCAAUCGUUACACUAUUACCACCUAAUCAACUAAUUUAUUCAAACUAGAAAAAAUCAGAUCCGGCCUUAAAAAAAUUAGUUCGUUUUGGUCUUAGAAAAAAUUUCACCCUGUAUACGCUUGUUGAAAACUCUAAUAUAAAUUUUACAAAUUAGACAAAUAGGCAAUUAAAAUGGCAUAUUUAUUUUUUUCCGCACACGAUUACUUAUUUUUUUAUAAAAAAAUCAAAUUUCACUAUGAAUUAAAAGUUUGGUAAAGUGAACCAUAGAUUUAAAAAAAAAUAGCUUUUAUUACAAAAAUUAAUUUUUUUUGCACAAAUACGUAAUUUAUGUUACCAUCCAAACAACUGAUUUAUUCAAACUAGAGAAAAAUCAGGUCCGGAUUUAAAAAAUUAGUUCGUUUUGGUCUUAGAAAAAAUUUCACCAUGUAUAUGCUGUUUGAAAACUCUAAUAUGAAUUUUACAAAUAAGACAAAUAGGCAAUUAAAAUGGCAUAUUUGUUUUUUCCCCACACGAUUACUUAAUUUUUUAUUAAAAAAUCAAAUUUGUCAAAAUCGGAAUUUUAACCUAAAAAUGAAAAAAAAAUGAACUCACGGCUUAACUCGCUACAACUCUGUUCCAUUUUAAUAUUUUUUUUCUGAAAUAUUUACAGCACAUACCUCUUACCAUUGUGAAGACUAUGAAAGUUGUUGUAGACUUUCAGUCUUCUUCUUGUAAAAGUUGCAAACUUGUAAAUCACAAAAAUUAGGUGGAAAAAUUUAAAAGUUAUCAAUUUGAUCACGUCUAUGUUAAACUAUAGAGUCCAAACGAAGUGUUAUGGGAAGUUUUAGAUCUAGACGUGUUAUAGAAAAAAAAAAUGGUAAAACUUUUAAUUUUAAGAAAAACGUUGUUUUUGUAAAUUAAUUUUUGUAAAAAAAGUUAAUUUUUUUAAAUCUAUGCAAAAACUUUGCCAAACUUUUUAUGCAUAGUCAAAUUUGAUUUUUUAAUAAAAAAAUAAGUAAUCGUGUGGGGAAAAAAUAAAUAUGUCGUUUUAAUUGCCUACUUGUCUUAUUUGUAAAAUUCAAAUUAGAGUUUUCAAAAAACGUAUACAAGGUGCAAUUUUUUCUAAGACCCAAACAAACUAAUUUUUUAAAUCCGGGCCUGAUUUUUUUCUAGUUUGAAUAAAUCAGUUGAUUAGGUGAUAACAUAAAUUAAAUAUUUGUUCAAAAAAAAUUCAUUUUUGUAAUAAAAGUUAUUUUUUUUAAAUUUAUGGUUCACUUUACCAAACUUUUAAUUAUUCAUAGUCAAAUUUGAUUUUUUUUAUAAAAAAUUAAGUAAUCGUGUGGGGAAAAAUAAAUAUGCCAUUUUAAUUGCCUAUUUGUCUAAUUUGUAAAAAUCAUAUUAGAGUUUUCAAAAAGCGUAUACAGGGUGAAAUUUUUUCUAAGACCAAAACGAACUUAUUUUUUAAAUCCGGGCCUGAUUUUUUUCUAGUUUGAAUAAAUCAGUUGAUUGGGUGAUAACAUAAAUUAAAUAUUUGUUCAAAAAAAAUUUAUUUUUGUAAUAAAAGUUAUUUUUUUAAAUCUAUGGUUCACUUUACCAAACUUUUAAUUAUUCAUAGUCAAAUUUGAUUUUUUUUAUAAAAAAUUAAGUAAUCGUGUGGGGAAAAAAUAAAUAUGCCAUUUUAAUUGCCUAUUUGUCUAAUUUGUAAAAAUCAUAUUAGAGUUUUCAAAAAGCGUAUACAGGGUGAAAUUUUUUCUAAGACCAAAACGAACUUAUUUUUUAAAUCCGGGCCUGAUUUUUUUCUUGGUUGAAUAAAUCAGUUGAUUGGUGGUAAGAUAAAUUAAAUAUUUGUUCAAAAAAAAUGAAUUUUGGUAAUUAAAGUUAAUUUUGUUAAAUCUAUGGUUCACUUUACCAAACUUGUAAUUCAUAAUCAAAUUUGAUUUUUUUAUAAAAAAUUAAGCAAUCGUGUGCGGAAAAAAAUAAAUAUGUUAUUUUAAUUGCCUAUUUGUCUAAUUUGUAAAAUUCAUAUUAGAGUUUUCAAAAAGCUUAUACAGGGUGAAAUUUUUUCUAAGACUCAACGAACUAAUUUUUUUAAAGCCGGACCUGAUUUUUUUCUAGUUUGAAUAAAUCAGUUGAUUAGGUGGCAAUAGUGUAACGAUUGACCAAAAUAAGAGAAACAUCGAUCUGACCGUUCAAAAAUUAUGACGAAUACAAAUUUCUGUCAAAAUGCGAAACUCGCCCUGUAUAUUAUUAAACAAUGGGAGCAGACACUUUUUAAUGGUCAUUUGUUAUUCCCCAUAGGGGCCUCUAUACGAGGUAGGAGUAUGUACAGUUCCUCAUGACUCACCCUGUAUAUUUCCACCAAGCUAGUAGGUAGUACUACAAUCAACGAACAUAACAUGCACCCAUCUUUAAAUAAAACUGAAAUUUAAUUAAGCUCAAAAAACAACAAAAACCAAGGAAACAAAUAAAAUAAACUACCUAUAUGACUGGAAACGUGCGUCUCACUCGAACUUUCUCGUGCGUUACGGAUCGCAAGCGACGAGAGUCGUACAAGACGAGGAGAUUUACAAUCCUAAACGCUCCGUGUACGGAGCUCAAUGCCACAACGAAGGAACUUGACUGUCGGGGAGAGACCUACGCGAUUGGAAUCGAGUCGCGUAGUUCGAGCGUCGCCCCAUGUGCGGACGGCAUAAUGGUACCACAAUAAUAGUUUAAUUGGAACGUACACAAACAUUUGGAGGGUUUAAAGGAACAAAACCCCCAUAAAUUUUUUAUGUAAAUAUAUUAAAAAAGAAGCCGUAUCUCGAUAAAAACUGGCUUAUCGAAAAAACACUAAGAGGCAAAAAAGUUUUAAAAACGUUGUGUUUAACUAAUGGUACCACAAUAAUGACUUAAUUAGUACGUACACAAAAGUUUGGGGGGGGAUUAAGGGAACACAACCCCAAUAAAAUUUUUAUGGGGUAGACAAACUUCACUAUAAUUUUGUUUUAAGAUGUUCCUGCCAUAAGAAUGAUACAUGUUCAUUUUCAAUAAAAAAUCUCUAAUAGUUUUCGAUAUAUUGAAAAAAAUCAAUUUUCAUUUUGUAACUUCAAAGGGCUGUAACUUUUUUUAUGAGCACAUUUGUACUAAGGUAAGUUAGGUUCAAUCGAACUAUUUUUGAUCCCAGAAUAUGCGGUAUAAUUUAUGACCAAUCUUUUCGGGACACCCUGUAUAAAGAAAAAGAAACGUGUUUUCUAUUAUAUUCAAAUAUUUCGUAAAUUUUGGGAAACACCUUAUAAGAACAAAUCGGUAAAUUUUUUCUUGUCUACAGUCGCUUGUAAUUAUAAAUCCAAUUAGUAGGAAAAUAUAGAAAAAAAAAUAGAAAAUAAUUUGUUUUCUUUUUGUUGUCAGGUCUUCUGUGGUAGUCGUGAUAUAUGUAUGUGAUAUUAUUCUUAAGUUGUUCUUCUUGAUUGCUCGUGGCUUUUUGAUGAGAUAAGUCUUUGGUGACUUUUCUAUUACAGCAGUGAUGGCAGCUUUCAAUUUCUUUGUGAUUUAUUAUGGAUAUAUUAUGCAUAUCAUGUAGAAACAAACUGGACUGCUAGUCUACUCUAUGUCAUGUCUUAUCUUCAUUGUCAUCUCCAAUCUUCCACAUACUAUAAUACCAAAUCCAGGUUCAGUUGACCGGGGUUCUAUUGAUCGAGGUGUGAAAUUGCAUAAACAAGGGAUCAUUUCAUAAAACCGGUAGGUCCUCGUUUAUGGAAUUUCACACCUCAUUGGGCUGCAUAUUAAUGUGUCUCUUAGAUAGCUGGUAUUACUUUACUGCUACAACUUUAUAAACCUUCUUUUCCUGACUUACAGUUCGCAGAAUUGACUUUAAUUAAUCUGUCUGCGACUGAGUUGUACAUAUCAAACAUGAUGCGUUAUAUCGCCUUUUAUUAUUUUCCUAAUUUCUUGUAUUUCAUCAUCUUUUUUUAUUAAGAUUACUGCAUAUAUCAAAUUCUUAUACUUUUCUCAUUCUAUCUCACAUUUCUGAAUACCUGUUUUUAGUUUAUUAGUAAUAGUCGGAGAGAUAGAAGCGGAUUUUGUGCGUGAUAAGUAAUAUGGAAAAACUAUACGGGGAUAUGUUGAAUUAGUUGUGUACAUGACUUUCACCAACGGCCGGAAACCAGAGUUGGGGCCGAGGGUAGUUAUAAGGGGUCAAAGUCGCGGAUUUUAUUAUUCUUUUUAUGACGCUCAUGAUCGAGAUUACCUUAUUCGUCUUACUUAUUCGACUUAUUCCCAAAUUUUGCUGCACUGUCUCGAUCAUGAGCGUCAUAAAAAAAUAAUAAAAUCCGCGACUUUGACCCCUUAUAACUACCCUCCGCCCCAACUCUGGUUUCCGGCCGUUGGUGAAAGUCAUGUACACAACUAAUUCAACAUAUCCCCGUAUAGUUUUUCCAUAUUACUUAUCACGCACAAAAUCCGCUCCCAGCUCUUAGACUAUAAUGAAGAAAAUAAAAGCUUUAUUGCUAUUGAGCACUACCACUGGAAGAUGUCAAAGUUCAAAUAAAAAGUUAUUUCCACAACCACGUGAUAUUAUGCUGCUUAAAAAAAUUAAAAAGUUCAAAUUUUUUACUAUUACUGGAUCUCGAAUUACUCUCUAUCUAUCAAUCAAUCUAUGUACGUUGAUUAUACAUUACAUAGUAAUUUUUAAUUUUUUUUCUUAGCACAAUUAGAUCUAUUGAUUAUAAUUAUUUUUACAAGGUUUCUUUAAACAUUGCUAUUUAUUUGUUAAUUUUAUUUAACUAGUCUUCCAUUUUGCAAUAUUUUGUGUGAAUAGAUCUUAAUGAAAUUGUAAAUAAAUUUGUAAAUAAG